AUGAGGGUGGUGGUGGGCAUGCUCUGGCUCCUGGUCCUCAUGGGGUCCUCCCAGGCCCGGGGCUCCUGUCCCUCUCAGUGCAGCUGCAGCCUCCACAUCCUGGGUGAUGGCAGCAAGGCCAGGACUGUGGUGUGCAAUGACCCUGAUAUGACCCUGCCCCCAGCGUCUGUCCCUCCGGACACCUCCAGACUGCGCCUGGAACGGACGGCCAUUCGCAGGGUGCCGGGGGAGGCCUUCAAGCUGCUGGGCCACCUGGAGCAGCUGUGGCUACCCUACAACGCCCUCAACGAGCUCAGCGCCCUGAUGCUGCGGGGUCUGCGCCGCUUGCGCGAGCUGCGCCUGCCCGGGAACCGCCUGGCCGCUUUCCCUUGGGUGGCGCUCAAGGACACCCCCCAGCUGCGGCUGCUGGACCUGCAGGCCAACCGCCUCUCGGCCGUGCCGCCUGAGGCCGCGCGCUUCCUGGGGAACCUCACCUUUCUCGACCUCUCCAGCAACCAGUUGAUGAGGCUCCCGCAAGAGCUGCUGGCUACCUGGGCUCACCUGCAGACUGGGCCCUUCCUUCCUGGACACCGCACCAGGAUGGUUCUAGGACUACAGGAUAAUCCCUGGGUGUGUGACUGCCAACUCUAUGACCUGGUCCAUUUUCUGGAAGGCUGGGCCCCAAACCUGGCCUUCAUAGAAGCCAGGCUGAGGUGUGCCAGCCCUCACAGCCUUGCCGGAGUGGACUUCAGCCAGCUGGAACUGAGGAAGUGCCAGAGUCCAGAGCUUCGUCCAGGGGUGGCCAGCAUCACGUCCCCUUUGGGUAGCGCGGUGUUGCUACGUUGUGGGGCCACGGGGAUCCCUGGGCCCGAGAUGAGCUGGAGGAGGGUCAACGGGCACCCACUCAGUGGCACAGUGCACCAGGAAGUCUCCAGUGAUGGCACAAGCUGGACCCUGCUGGGCCUGCCUGCUGUGUCCCAUCUUGACUCUGGAGACUACGUCUGUCAGGCCAAGAACUUCCUGGGAGCCUCCGAGACUCUUAUCUCUCUUGUUGUCACUGAGCCCCAGACUUCAACAGAAGGCGGUGGGAGCCCAAAGGCACCGUGGGAAAGGACAGGCGAAGGAGUGGAAGCUGCUGCAUACAACGACAAGCUGGUGGCCAGGCAUGUCCCCCAAGUCCCUGAGCCUGCUGUCCCGGCCACUGGGGCCCCUGUGCCCAGCAUUAAGGAGGAGCUGAUCCUCCAGCACUUCCAGAUGGGUGCCCCAGGAGAGCGCUCAGAUGGGCAAGUGGAACCCCAGGAGGCCCGAAUGGUGCGGUCUCUCAAAGUGGUAGGGGACACUUACCAGAGUGUGACCUUGGUGUGGAAGGCCCCCCAGGCCGGGAACACAACCGCCUUUAGUGUCCUCUAUGCAGUCUUUGGGCAGCGCAACAUGCGGAGGAUAGUUGUGCAGCCUGGGAAAACCAGGGUCACCAUCCAUGGGCUGGUGCCUAAGACCAAGUAUGUGGCGUGCGUCUGUGUGCGGAGCCUGGUGCCCCGGAAGGAGCAGUGUGUCAUCUUCUCCACCAAUGAGGUGGCGGACGCCGAGGCCACUCAGCGGCUCAUCAAUGUGGUGGUGAUCAGUGUGGCAGCUGUCAUCGCCCUGCCCCUCACGCUGCUCGUCUGCUGCAGCGCUCUCCAGAGGCGCUGCCGCAAGUGCCGCACUGGGGGCUCCACUGAGGCCACGAGUGCUUAUGUCAACCUGGAGAGCCUGGGCCACAGCGAGGACGGCUCGGAGGAGCUGUCCCGGCACAGCCUCAGCGAAGCUGACAGACUCCUCUCUGCCCGUUCCAGCCUGGACUCUCAGCUCUUGGGGGUCAGGGCGGGCAGACGAAUCAAUGAGUACUUCUGCUGA